UUGGUCAGGUUGUACCUAUGAAGAUGUUAAGACCUACAAACAAGGAGACGACCAAAGUGUCCUUAUUAAUGUUGUACUCGAGGAUGAACAGAGGAACAUGAUUUUGGCAACCUUGUGGAGUGAACUUGUGGAUCAAAUUCACCAUCACUUGAAUGAAUCUACAGAAGAACCUUUGAUUGUUGUUUUCCAACAUAUGAAAGCUCAAAAAUUUCGAGUGCGUAGUUGUUGGUAUCAGACAAAGAUAUGGAUUAAUCCUACGCUGCCGCAAUCUACUGAGUUUAAAUCCAGAUUCCUGGCAGUACGUCAAUCAAACUUUGAGCGGAUCACCCAAACAAAUUCACAGCAAAGUUACUCUGUUAGAGAUGAGUUAGACAAAGGAAUUGUACUGUUUAAAACUAUUAGGGAUUUAGUUCAGUGUACGGAGGAAUGUAGCUAUUGGAUUGCGGCAAAAUUGGUGAAUUUGGAACUUAACCGGGGAUGGUCAUACUUGGCAUGCAACAAGUGUACUAGAAAGGUUGACAAAGUUGGUACUACAUACUUUUGUAAGAAAUGCAAUGAAGAAGCAUCUUCUAUUACUCACAGGUAUAGGCUUCAAGUUCGUGUUAUGGAUGGAACCGUUUUUAUCUUAUUAUUGCUUUGGAAUCGCGAUGCUAUGCAGCUUAUAAGGAA